CCGGCAACCUCGCCCGGCGAGUCAAUUGUUGAUUGUUGUUGUUGUACAUAGUUUUAGGUUUUUAAAAUUCGUAGAAAAUAGUUGAGAAAAAGGACAUGUUGAGCCAUUUCAGCAGCGAGAUGAUCCUCAGACCCUGGUACUGGCGGACCUUGAGAACGAAGACAAUCCGCCGCAACUUUAGCGAUAGUGCCACAGAGUCACCGCCGUAUCAUUGGCAGAAGCCCGUGGGCCAGCAUACGGGCAUAACUGUCUACAACAAUGGGAUGCGCCGGAAAGUUUCCCUUGUGGUGCGUAACCCGAACAUGGUCACCUGGUACACAUGCGGGCCCACAGUGUACGAUUCGGCGCAUCUGGGCCAUGCCAGCACCUAUGUGAAGGUGGACAUCAUUCAGCGAAUCCUGCGGGACUACUUCAAGUUCAAUCUGGUUACCGCCAUGAAUAUCACAGACGUGGAUGACAAGAUCAUCCGAAAGGCGCGCGAGUCUGGCUGUGAUUGGCUGGGCAUGGCUCGCAGCUAUGAGGCAGAGUUCAGGAAGGAUAUGCUGCGACUCAACGUGAAGCCACCGGACAUACGCACCCAUGUGUCAAGCAACAUGCCCGCGAUCGUACAGUUCAUUGAGGAACUCAUCGGUAAAUCGCAGGCCUACGUGACGGAGGACAAUUCCGUGUACUUUGACGUGUCCACCUACCCGCACUACGGCAAGCUGCAGCGGCUGGGCGGCUUGAGCAGCGAGGAAAAGUCGAAUCUCUUCAAGCAGAACAGUGCGGACUUUGCUCUGUGGAAGGCCAAGAAGGAGGCUGACGAGCCGAGUUGGGCGGCUCCUUGGGGCGGAGAGGGUCGCCCCGGCUGGCACAUCGAAUGUAGUGCCAUUGCCGGCUUGUUUUUCGGCAGCCAACUGGAUUUCCAUGCUGGCGGCCUAGACCUUAGGUUCCCCCACCACGAGAACGAGGAGGCGCAAUGCUGUGUCCGCUACCAGACCGACCAGUGGGUCAACUAUUGGAUGCACACGGGCCAGCUGAACAUAGCGGGGGACGAGAAUAAAAUGUCCAAGUCCCUGGGCAACGCCAUAUCCAUUUCCGAGAUGCUGCUCACGUACACCGCCGACGAGUUUCGAAUGGCCUGCCUGUUGUCCAACUACCGCAACCCCAUGCCCUACAGCGAGCAGUUGAUGCUGACUGCCCGCCAGACGCUGCAGCGCUUCAAGAACUUUCAGGCAGAUCUCAGCGCGUACACACAGUUCCUCAAGCCGAUUCGGAAACUGGAUGAGGGAGCACUCAAGGCGCAGAUAGCACACAUGGCGACCGAGUUCGACAACAGCCUACGCGAUGACUUCGAUACGGCGCGUGGCAUCAGCGUGCUGAUCGAUCAGAUGACCAGCAUCAGUCGCUGCAUAAAUGAGCAGCAGGCGGAUGCAGUGGAGGAGCCGGCCUAUUGCCUUGAUCUCCUGACUGCAGCCGGCAACUUUAUUAACCGAGCCAUGCUCACCUUUGGCAUUUCCAAACUGGCAGAGACCGAGCAGAGAAUUGCACUGAAGACACCUCUCCCUGCUGUGGGUGGUGGUGGCUUGGACCCCGCUCUUUUGAUAGCGGACGUCCUGUCCAUGCGCGGCAAACUGCGGCGAGAGGCGAUAUCCGGGCAUCAGAAGAACACUCAACUCUUGGCCGCAUGCGAUGAGCUGCGCAGUUUGCUGGAACAGCAUGGCAUCCAGAUACGCGACCACAAGCAGGGCAGCUCUUGGGUGUACGCCACUCCCGCUGCCAUCGCCAGUGAGAACAGCAGCAGCAGCAAAUAGUGAAAUUAAAUGGCUGUGUCUAUGUCGUGGUUAUUAUUACAUAAAUUCAGAUCUAA